AUGACUACUAAUAUAGAAACAACAUUCAAAACAUUAGUAUGUUUUAUUGUUUGUGACAGUGGUCCAGCAGGACAUUUUGCUGCAUUUUCGAAGAGCUUGUAUCAAGACAAUGGCCCAUAUCAUAUUGAAAUUCAUGCUAGCGGUCCAGCAUUGGCGAAAUUACAGGACAGCAAUUUACCAGAUGGUAUUAAAGUUGUAUCAUUCCAACUAAAUAGACUGGCAUCUACCGAAGAAGAAGAAAAGUUAGCAAAAGAAUUAAAUAAUAAAUGUCAUCAACAAAAUGCUCGUUUGAUUAUAACUGAUAUUGGAAAUAAAUUUGAUAUAAAGCUACAAGAGUUUUCAUCAGCAAUAACAAAUAACAGUUGGACAUAUUAUGAUAAUCCAGAAGUUUUUGUACCAGGUGGCUAUUCACUUAUUGCUCACGAAACAAUAAAAAAAUCUAAAAACGUAUUGUUUGCAAACAUGAAUUUAGCCAAAGCUAAUGGAUUACCUGAUAUCGAUCUAACAAAUAAAACUUUGUAUGGAGUUGGUUAUUACCCAACUGAACAAGCCGAAAUGAUUUAUCGACGACGAAUUACUGAGAAAACAACACAUCGUGCACAAUUUUUUGCGAAACACAAAUUGAAUGAACUACAGUAUCAUCAGAUUUUCGUUUAUUUUGGCGGUAACAAUCAAGUUUACUUUGAACACGCAUUUCCAGCUUUUCUCUCAUUUCUGAGAGAUGCUAUUCAGCAAAACGAAACGACAUUUCUGUUUUUAAUUCAACAACAUCCAGCAGCUAAACAAGAGAAUUUAGAUGGCAAAAUGGUAACAAAAUUAAUGCAAGAUAAUAACAUUAAAUGUUCCGUUCUUCUUUCUGACUUAACAAGUGAUCAGGCACAAAUCUUAGCCGACGGCGCGAUGUAUUAUCAGACAAGUAUGGGACCACAAUUUGCAUUAGCCGGUAUUCCUGUAAUGCAAGUUGGACAUGACAUUUAUGAUGAUGUUCUAGUUAGAAAUCGUCUUAGUUAUACAGCCACAGAUUCACACGAAUUCAUUGCAGGACUCCGUAAAAUGCAGCAACAAAACACAAAUGAUGAUAACGAUAAACUAAAUGAGCAAAAGCAGCUGAUUUAUCAAGCGAUUGGUUACAACCCGAACUGGUCGAAAAACUUGGAAGAAUUAAUUAAACGCUAA